CGAUAUCUUGCUGAAAUGACAAAGAACAAAUGUGUUUUUAUUUUUUUCACGUACACAUCUCAUUUUCAAUAGUUUCUUAUCUCAAUGACAUAUGCCCACCUGUAAAACCAUGUUAGGUCAUUGACCUUCCCAUUAGAAUUACACAGAUUUUAUUUUUUUACAUGACUAUUUCCAGUUAUGGGUGUUUCUCAAUAGAUCACUGUCCUGAUGAGCUACAGGUCUACAGACAGGUGUUGUGGGGUAUUUUAAAUAUGUAUCCUUUCACAGCUGUGGUUAUUUAUUCAGAUCAAAUGUUCUCUAACUCUACAUGAUGACUCCUUGCUGUCCCGAGUCCACCUGACCGUGCUGCUGCUCCAGUUUCAACUGUUCUGCCUUAUUAUUAUUCGACCAUGCUGGUCAUUUAUGAACAUUUGAACAUCUUGGCCAUGUUCUGUUAUAAUCUCCACCCGGCACAGCCAGAAGAGGACUGGCCACCCCUCAUAGCCUGGUUCCUCUCUAGGUUUCUUCCUAGGUUUUGGCCUUUCUAGGGAGUUUUUCCUAGCCACCGUGCUUCUACACCUGCAUUGCUUGCUGUUUGGGGUUUUAGGCUGGGUUUCUGUACAGCACUUUGAGAUAUCAGCUGAUGUGCUUUGAACUCUAAUAGUGAAAAAUAUUUACAAUAUUGCACUUUGUUUGUAUAUGCCUUCCACUAGGUGGAGCUCUUACCGUGUGGAUAUAUAUUGUUUAAUUGUUUUAUUUAACAUUUAUUUCACUAGGCAGCAGUGUUACCGUUUCUGAAAUAGAGAUGAUAAGUUAGCGAGCUACUUCAUCGUUUGCAGGCAGUUCUCUCCACGUAGCAAUGUUUACCGUUUACUUUUUCCUAGCCACUGUGCUUCUACACCUGCAUUGCUUGCUGUUUGGGGUUUUAGGCUGGGUUUCCGUACAGCACUUUGAGAUAUCAGCUGAUGCUCCUUCAACCAUGUCGUCCAGAUUAGGAGGUAGGUCCUCUCCCAUCUCCCCUGUCCUGUUCCUGGCAGUAGACGGUGAACCCAUGCGAUUCUUCCUACGCCCCGGUCCCACCAAGGUUCGACUGCAGCCCAUCAUCAAGGCUGGUGGAGGCCUGGUGUGCAGGGCCCAGGAGCCUGGGGCUUUCCUACUGAUUGACCCAGAGGAGAUGGGAUCCGUUGUGGGUUCGGCAGCCCACUGGUACGUGUCCACCCAGUACAUCCGGGACUGCAUGGAGAAGAAUCAGCAGCUGGAGGUGGAGGAUUACCGCUUCAAGCCUGACAACGUAAAGGCGAACGUCCAGACCAGGUCAGGGAAACAGAGCAUAGGUAGCAUCGGACGAAUGGGCUACACUCCGGAGGAGGAUAAGGCCAUUAUGACGUACAUCUGUGAGCACAAGCGUGAGUCGCAUGGGAACAAGGUAUGGCAGGAGAUGGCGAAGAAUGGUCUGACCUGUCACAGCUGGCAGUCGAUGAAGGACCGUUACCUUAAACAGCUCGCUAAAAGACAACCUGAGCCUCGGGACGGCAGGGGAAGGAACAGAAUGGUCGCCACUGCUGCUUCGGAGGAGAAAGGAGAGAACUCGUUUGAGAAAGAGAGAGAGAAAGACAUCCCACCACUGACUUCCUCACGUCAGAAAGACUCUCGACAGCCUGAUAUUAUUAUGCCGUUGGCCCAAGAGUCAGACGCCUCGAAGACUUCCUCUGAAUCCAAACUCCCUCGGGCAUCAUCCUCAUCAUCAUCAGACACUGGUCUCCAACUCCCACAGAAGUCCCCUCAGAAAGACCAGGCUCAGUGCUGUCCUGAAGGACCGGGAACAGAGGAAUCAACUGUGGAACCAGAGAGAGGUCCCUCGUCCCAGCUAGAGCCACCAGCAGACCCUGCCCAGUCUGACACUACAACACCCCAGCUGGUCCCUUCUAAGAGACUCCACCAGCCCUCUCGUCCUGGGGGCAAACACACACAUCCCCAGACUGAGGAGGCAGCAGCCACCCCCUCACUUAAAAGAGCCAGGUUAAAUAGUGGAGCAGUGGUGGUGGUCUUGGAGAAAAGGGAUUCAGUUGUUACAUCAGGAGAGAAGGCAACAAGCGCCAACACGACAGAGGGGCAGCUGGGAAAGAAAAAGGCCAACAAGCGAAAACUGGGCAUCCUCGAGAGUGCAGUGAGAGAAUUUGAGGGGUCAGAUGAGUCAGGGAAUGAGGAUGACGAUGAUACUCCAGACCUGGCUGAGAUUCCCGGCCUGGGACUGGUGCAGGGCCAGCAGACUCAGACACCAGUAGCUGCCCCCCAGACAGAGAAUAGCUCUGCUCAGAUACAGCCCCAGCCUGCUGCCCAAGUGAAGAGCUCAGAGACCCAGCCUGAGGGCCAACAACUACCUGAGGCCAGUGGUCCCGCAAUGAGUGGGUCGGCCUCAAAUGCACCAACGGUCCCAAAUGCACCUGCAACGAGUAUCCAUGUCCCGAAAGACCCUGCUAUCCCGUCCACUUCGAAAGUUCCUCACCUGUUCCUGUUUGAGCGUGACUCCCAACAGGCGGAGGAAGAGGAGCCUUCCCAGCCCUUCACCCAACUCCAGCUCCAGGAGGCCAAGCGGCUGGUCCUCAGCCUGAUGAGGGAAUCCAAACUGGGGCUGGUCGCUGUCACCAAGGCGCUCCUGAAAAACAGUGGAGAUGUCUCCGCUGUCCUGAGAGACUCACUGAUGAUGCCUAACGUAGGGAACGGGGUUCAGCAGGGCCCUCAAUGGGAACGUCAUGACGACCGCCUGCUGCUGUCGGCUGAUCCUUCGGAACUCCAGAACAAGUUUGGGGAAGAGGGAGUGGCCAAGAGGAUGGCUUUCCUCUAUGCAGAGUGACACUAGGGGGGGUUCAAUAGUAUGCAACGUUGUGCUACCUUUAGUUCUGAACAACACGUUUCCACCCCCCCCUCCCCCCAAAAAAUGAUACCCACCGUUCUUCAACAUUCUUUGAGGUAUGAUUGCUCCUGUUUGGUCGGUGUGGCCUGAUCAAUAUGGGUCUGACAUUAUCAUUUUAAAAUCGCAAAAUUUCAUGUAGCCAGCACACCAUAAACAAUCGUACCUCUGGGCUAACAAUAAUUACAAUGUUGUUUCCUACUAAACGCGUUCCUGUGUUGUAAUGGAUAAAAACAGGAAGGACUACCUUAGCCCUUGAUCAUGACUGACAGUUCUAUUCUAUUAUAAAAUAAGAGUCCUUGGACGAAGGCACAUUCUGUACGGGAGAGUUUUGUCAAAGAGUUCCGACGCUCGGUCUGAACAUUUAAUGAGCAUCGUUUUGCGGUACGGUUUUGGAAGCAUCAGGACUUAAUCUUUCAUUUAAGCAAGAAGGCUAAAUUCAUACACACCUUUUAUAGGGUUCCCAAACGGCCGUAUCUCCAUUUAAGCACUAGUUUAGGGAAAAGAUACGGAGGACAGAGUGGAUAACUAACCUGUGCUAGUUAGUUAUCAGCGUCUCCGAACAGCUGUGUGUAAAUGGAAGAUGACACACGGUGUUGUCACUGAAAAAUACUGUCGGGGAGUUUUGUUAAGUGCCCCCCCGACACUCGGUCUGAACAUUUAACACGCAUCACUUAUGGUACUGUUUUUGGAAGCGUAAGGCCCUUAUCUUAACAAAAAAAAGGUUGAAUUGAUACACACUGUUUUAGGGUUAGCGUUCCCACAAUGCCAUAUUACAGAGCUUGUUUACGGAAGACAGAGUGGACUACCUGUGCUAAUUUAGAUAGCUUCAUCUCCUGUGUGUAAACGAUGGACGCCACAAACGUGUUGUCACUAUAAAAUAUGGUCGGAUGCAACUGUGUUAAAACAGUGUAAGUGUGUAUUUUGAAAUUGUGAAAUUAUUUUUGGACGUGAUAUGAAAGUAGAGGGAUUUUUAUUUUUCUAGAACCGUACCGCAAUUGGGAAUCGUUUCACGUUUAGAUGGAGUGUUUUGUCUGUUCUGGCUUCCAGGGCCACUUCACCUUUAACAGAACAUGUUAGGUCCUUGGACUAAGGAAAAACAUUGGGCUUAUUAUAGUCAGUCCAUUAUUGGGCUAUGAAAUGCCAUGUCCCAUGUAAGAUGGCACAUUUUAACUUGUAAUAUUUUAACUUUUGUAAUGUGUCUGUUUGGAAUUCAAAAUGUGCUAUUUUUUUUCUCAAUAGUAAACAUGCUACAUAUGUGAAAUAUACUGUAUGCAUAUGAUGAUUUGUGACAAUCUGCCAAUGUAAUAAAAUAACUGAUGUAAUUCGCUUCAUAA